UCAUUUUCCUUUCCUUUUCUGGCCUUUCUUCUUCGACGCACGUACACUAUUCUCCGUCUCCUCUUUUCUCUCUCUCUCUCUCUUUUUAGAAGGAACAUAAUCAACGUACUAAUAUUUGAACUACGCAGAAAAAAAGCCAAACGUUAUCGUUAUAAUUUUUGUUUCUCCUUUCGAUCUCUCCGCCCCGAAUCUUUUUAAAACAGACCAACCAGAUAAAUUUCUGAUUCUCAGAUCCUUUUUUCAAAGCGAUUCCUUGAUUAUAAGCCAUUGCUUCGAAAUGAGCACGGGCGACCUUCUCAGCAUCGACCCUUUAGAGCUCAAGUUUCCUUUUGAGCUGAGGAAACAGAUCUCAUGUUCUCUUCAAUUGUUGAAUAAAACCGAUGAUUAUGUGGCUUUCAAGGUGAAAACAACGAAUCCAAAGAAGUACUGUGUUCGUCCCAACACGGGGAUCAUCUCGCCUCGAUCCACAUGCGAUGUUAUAGUUACCAUGCAAGCGCAAAAAGAGGCUCCUCCGGAUAUGCAAUGCAGGGACAAGUUCCUCCUUCAAAGUGUAAAAGUAAAUGAUGGUGCAACAGCGAAGGAUAUAACUGCAGAAAUGUUCAACAAGGAAGCUGGGCAUGUUGUUGAGGAGUGCAAGUUGAGAGUGAUUUAUGUUUCUCCACUUCAACCACCUUCUCCUGUACGUGAAGGGUCAGAAGAAGGAUCUUCACCCAGAGGCUCUGUUUCAGACAACGGACAUGGAAAUGCUGCUGAGUUUGCUACAGCUGCAAGAGCAUUUACUGAACAUUAUGAAGCUCAGGAUAAAUCUUCUGAGGCAAGAGCUCUUGUAACAAAGCUGACUGAGGAGAAAAAUCACGCAAUUCAACAAAAUAACAAGCUUCGCCAAGAACUGGAACUCUUGAGGCGUGAAAGCAGCAAAACCGGUGGUGGUGUGUCAUUCAUGUUCGUGAUUUUCAUCGGCCUGCUGGGCAUAAUUAUAGGAUAUAUCAUGAAGAAGUCAUAAGCGGCUAUCUCCUAGGCUUGUCUGCAUAUUUUCCCACUACAUCAUCUGGACAAGAAGUAUGAUGAAGGAAAAGGAAAAAAAAAAUUGAUGGUCUCUGGCUGCUGCUUCAAUUACUUGUGUUAGCUUUGUGGAAUUUAGGGUCCUAUGGGUCUUGUAGUUGCUAGUCGACGUUCAUUAACAUGUAUUCUUUCUAUAACCUAAAAGGAGUGAAUUUAUCUUCUUUCUUUCCUUUUUCUCAACCCACCCUUCAUUUUUUUGUUAUGUGGUUCAAUUUGGGAGUUUCUGAUAAUGGUAAUACCAGAAACUGUUAAUGGUUCUACACAGCUUUGUAAUGUUCGCAUAAAAUCAAGACUCAAUUGGUCUUUUUGGUU